AUAUUUAAUGUUUUCUCAUGAGUUUGUAGGGCCCAUCUUUUUCGGUGCUCUGUUUGAUUCCUACCCAUCGUUCAUUUCACCGUUUGCUGUUGAGUGACGAAUGCCUCUCCACUCUGUUCAGAACCACACUACUCACCGCUCCAUUCAGCACUAAAUACCUCUGCUUCUAGAACCUUCGCAACCGUUUCAGUCAACGCCACUCGAUUGACAACAGAGAAAAGCAUGGGAAUAGGGAGAUAUGAAAGGUAGCAUGCAUAAGCAUAGUGAGUAUCAUUGAGUGGAGAAGAUUGAAUUUAGGUUUAUGAUAGAAAGGAUGGAUGAUGAAGCUCGUGGUGAUUCUUUCUGGUUAGGGGAAAUUAAUGGGAAGGUUCAAACCCCCACGAGAAAGAAAAGGAAAUACAGAACAAAGAAGAAGGAAUAUGAUGGGUGGGGAUCGGUUUCACUUAUUCAGUUUCUUAAAUCGAUUGGUAGAGAUACAAGCACCAUGACAGAUCAAAGUGAGGUUGCCAAAAUUAUAAAUGAUUAUGUUAAGCAGAAUGAUCUUUUUCAUCCUACGAAAAAGAAACGAAUUGUGUGUGAUGAGAGACUUCAUUUGCUGUUUGGAAGGAAGACCAUUAGCCGGUUGAAAAUCAAUGACUUGCUCGAGUCACACUUUGCGGAGAAUUGUGAAGAAUCUUCUGAUGAUAUGUUGUUUGACAACUUUGACUCGGAUGAAGAUGAGAAUGCCUUGGCAACUUGUGAGACCCCCAGAACAGCAACUCUGGAGAGAAAGAGUCAACCAAGGAAAACGGUUAUUAAAAAACCAACGAGCUGUUUUGCUGCCAUCGUUCCUUCCAACAUCAAGCUUGUUUAUCUGAAGAGGAGUCUAGUUGAGGAACUUUUGAAAGACCCUGAAAGUUUUGAGACUAAAGUAGUGGGAAGCUUCAUAAGAAUCAGAUGCGAUCCCAAUGAUUACCUUCAGAAAAACUCACACCAGCUUUUGCAAGUCACAGGUAUAAAGAAGAGCUCUGAAGCAAAUGGGGAAAUUCACUUUCAAGCUUCUGGUUUCAUUAAAGACAUCAGGAUUCAAAUGCUUUCAGACGACAAUUUCUCUGAGGAGGAGUGUGAGUAUUUGCAUCAGAGAGUAAAAGAUGGCAUGCUCAAGAGACCAAUGAUCGUGGACAUAGAGAAGAUGGUAAUAGUAUUGCAUGAGGAUAUGACUAAGCAUUGGCUCACAAGAGAAUUCACGCUGUUACAAAACCUUAUUGAUCGAGCAAAUGAAAAGGGUUGGCGUAGAGAACUAGAUGAGUACCUACGGAGAAGGGAGAAGCUUCAGAGUCCAGAAGAACAGGAACGGUUAUUGCGUGAAAUUCCUGAAGUCAUUGCAGAAGAUGAAGAUGAAGAAUCUACAACACCGGAUGUUCAAGAUAAAAAGGUAGAAAACAAUAUACUGGAGUUUUGGCAGGCUACCUGUACAAAAACAUCUGUUAUGACUGAGGUCCCAAAAGCAAUUGCAAAUGAUUUGGCAUGCAAGGCUACAAAACUGGAUAUUACCGCUGAUGCAGUAAAACAAGAAAGCAAUUCACCAAAGUCAAUUCUCAGCCUCAGUAGAGUAUCAGAAGUUCCUCUUUUCAAUAUGACAAAAAAUAGCUCUAUGUUGAAUUGCAUCUCUGGUGACACUGUUGCAGAGCAUCAAUCAUCUUGCUUAUCUGUUCAGCAGCAGCCAGAGCCACAAACAUACUUUGCAUGUAAGAAUGAUGACAUAUCUAAGCCAGGCGAAUCAAACGAAGCUAAGAUCUCUCAAGGACUGCCUGACAAUCAGAUACAGCCAUCUCAGAUUCAGGUUAUAGACCUAAGCGAUGAUGAUGACAAUGACGAGGAUAAAGAAAAACCAAUUACUUCAAAACAGGUUCCUGCUGAGCAGUUGGAUUCCUUGAUGUGGCAUUACAGAGAUCCACAGGGAAAUGUACAAGGACCAUUUUCCUUAUCUUCUCUAAAACGGUGGAGUGAUGCUGGUUACUUCACUCCAGAUUUCAAGGUCUGGAAGUUAGGUCAAAGCCAGGUUGAAGGUGUAUUUUUGGUGGAUAUACUACCCCAAUUUUUCCCCAUUCGAUCAAAUUGCAAAUGAUGCCUUACAAAUCGAGGUGAAUAAUUCUGCUAGAUUCUUAGGCAACCGCCAACCUACAACUUGUAACUGUAACUAGGAGCUCAUGAUCUCUAAUUGAAUCAUUUGUCCUCCCUCUUUUGUCUACCUCUUUAUCUUGUUAAGAUGAACUGUUAAUAUUGUAUCAUUCAUGCAUGAUCCAUCCAAAUUUUAGAUUGUUUGGAGAAAAGUUGUGCUGUGUUACAAUGCUCCAAAUAAGGUUGUUAUGGUUGUCCAAGCGGGAGAUUGUGCGGGCUAUAGUGAAAAGAUAAAUACAAACACUUUUUUGUACACUUUGUAAUUAGUCCUUUUUUUAAAAUGUCAAAGCACUUGGCUCAUAAAUUUUUGACAUUUUACAGAAAAGAACAAUCGCAAAAAGUGAUGAAAAAUGUACUCAAAAGGAUUGUUUGCAUUCCCCAAUAGUGAAAAUAUCAACUUGGCAAGGAGGUUGAUUCAGUAGACAUGGCUCUACAACACUUGGAGAGCAUUGUCAAUAAGCAGACACGAGAUGUUCUCAAGCUUUGGAUUACAUACAACCUGGUACCAAUAUGUAAAUUUACAACAAUUGUUCCCAACACCGCUUUAGGAUUCUUGCUCCCUCCUUGUGUGGUUGAUACAAGCUGCUCCCUGUUGGAUAGGGAAGAUUAGGGAUGGGGAUGGGGUACCUAAAAUGGGAUUUUCAAUCUUAGUGCAUGUUUGGGAAUUUUUUGUUUUUUAUAAAUAAUUGUUUAUUUU